GUCAUGAUGUUUGCAGGGUUACUCUUUGUAAUGCUCCUCAAAGCUGGAGGUACCUUCAACUACACCGAGUCACCACAGUACCCUAACCAAACGGCCAACAACAGCUUUGAGGAAGAUGGAAGUACCAUCACUUUCGCAGCUGCUCCAAUAGGUCCUCGAUUCGAAACAACAUUCAUCCAGAACCGGUCCAGCGAGGAAGAUUUAGCUGAAGAUAAAAUGUGUAAUAAGAGCUACUGGGAUGUUAUAAAGCACCUGAAGCUGAUGGAUCACAAAGACCAGUUUGCCUUGAUCCCUCCUGGUAGCGACCCCAAAAAAGCUACAGAAGUAAACCUAGAUUUACUACUCUAUGCCAUUCUUGACGUGAAAGAAAAAGAACAGAAGUUUGUUUCUUACCUCUGGGUCGAUAUGUGGUGGCAUAGUGAUUACAUUCAGUGGAAUCCUGGUGAAUUCUGUAAUAUCAUGAAAUUGCCUUUACCAACAAAACUAUUGUGGCUGCCUGACAUAACUAUUGAAGAGAGGACAGAGAAGGAUAAGGCCACUCUGAGUCCUUAUCUUCGUGUCCGACAUGAUGGGCUUAUCCUGCUCAGGAACACCAUGGUGCUGGCCACCUCCUGCAGGAUUCAGGUUUACAAAUUCCCCUUCGAUACUCAGAAGUGCAACCUGACCUUCAAGUCUGUCAUACAUGACGAUAAAGAAAUAACUCUUGUUCAUGGUAGUAACCAAGAAAGCAUGAAAGAAUGGUCUCAAGAGAUGAUGGGGACUCAGUCGGACUGGCUUUUCAUCGACAUCGAAUCCACCAACGAAACUGUCAACAACUUUUACAUCAGGCAAAGCAUUCUAGUUUACAACAUCACCAUGAAGAGGCGAUCAAUGCUCUACAUUGUCAACUUCAUACUACCGGUCCUGUUGUUCUUGUUACUGGAUUUGGCUUCCUUCAUGAUCUCAGAGAGAGGGGGUGAGAAGCUCAGCUUCAAGGUCACUGUGCUGCUCGCUGUCACAGUGAUGCAGCUUAUUCUGAAUGAAAUCCUGCCCUCCUCUUCCGACAGGAUUCCACUGAUAGCUAUGUACUGUAUUGGGAUUUUUGGUUUGAUGAUGCUGAGCCUUCUGGAGACGAUUUUGGUGAUGUAUCUGAUGGAGAAAGACUCUAAACACCAAGACACUGAGGCAGAUAAAGACCAAGGCCUGAGUGGGGACCUUAAGGAAAACCUUGGAAUCGAGAACUGUUGUGAAGAUGUUUCUGUUGAAACGCUAUCAGAGCUGCUUCCAGAGGAAAAACAGGCAAGCCCCAGCCAGCUGACGGAGGAGACCCAUGAGUUUGAAAAGGAGGUGUUGAAAGCAUUAUAUCUGGUCCUCAGCAUCAGGAAGGAAGAGGAGACUCGCGGCUACUGGACCAGAAUGACCAAAAAUAUCAACCGAGCGUUCUUCUGUUUCUAUAUCAUAACUUCCACAGUGUUUUUAACCGUCAUGUUUUGUAUGUGGAAUACAGAAGAAAAGACACAGGUCAUGAGUUCAUCUGUGGGGACCUAAGCUUGGUCAUAGGUGAAAUUUCAUCCUGGUAACUGAAGCUCAGUGUUGAAGCUGUGGUUAUUAGGAAGGCUCAGUUUUGGUGUCACUAGCAACUCACACACAUGCAAUUAGUGUGGCAUAAGAACGGUAUUAACAUAGUAUGAAGUGUAGUGUCAUCCAUGUAUUCAUGUACAUUUAAAGUGUAUUAUUUCACCUCUUCCUGUUGACAAUAUUUUUGAUUCUUAGCUGAUGGCUGACCAGUCAACAGCCCAGAGAAGAAGACAAAAGGACUGAAACAUUGCAGACAUUAGUGAGGCAUGUUACAAGGAGCUGAGGGAAAGACACAUUGACCAAAUUGAAGAAAACGGACACAUUGCAACCACAAACCGCAACAUGGUAUGGACAUCUGGUCGUGUUACAGGACUCAUUGAGCAGGAAGACGAUGCCAACUGAAGAGAAGUAACAUGGAAGAGGACCUUAUACACGUGCUGAUGUUGUUUUCUGCAUCUGUUUAGAAUGGCAACAAGAAAAGGCUGAUGUUUUGAUGUUACAGCGAAUGAAAAUUAUAAGUUUAUGUAAUUUGUAACAGUAAAGCGGGCUAAUGUUGAGACUUUAACGUGAAUGAAAACAAGGUUACUUUGACCUGAUAAGAUCACUGUCACAACCUGGAAGAUCACUCGCUUGAACUUUGGGCAGACAUAUGUGAGCGAAGGCCCACAGGACUGUAAACGUUGAUGUUAAAAAGUGUGUUAGCAACAUUAUAAUUGUUGUACAGUUAUUGGUUAUUAGUAGUAGUGCAUGCUAAAUGAUGUUUCAGGUUGUUAUAGAACAUAAAGUCAUGUGUGAGUGUAGAAGAUGUUUCAGUUAGAGACGUCUGGCCACUUUUCAGUGUGUGGCUGCCUGUAAAGUUGUGCCCCUAGAGCAUUUAACACAGAGGCUCUCUUUAAAAUGAAAAUGCAAUCUGAAUAUUAAUCAAUAAAAUCAUCUUUAGAUCAGUA